UGUCGAUUAUAAAUACUAAGACACUUGCUGAAAACAGCACAGUUUGAGCUUACCUUAACUAUACUUCUCAAACACAAUGAAAUUGAUCAUCGUCAGUUUAGCCUUCUUGUCAGUCUGUUACGGACGUCCCGCUGACGCACCAACAGCCAGUGAUGCUCCAAUUGCUAUCGUUAAAUUUGAUAAUGAAGGAGUAAACGCUGACGGAUCUUACAAAUGGAGCUUUGAAUCGGCGAACGGAAUCAAAGCUGAAGAACAAGGAUCUUUCAAACCAGGUGCCAGCGACGGUGAAAGUAUAGCAGAAGUUUCAGGACAGGUUGAAUAUAAAGGCGAUGACGGUAAUCCAAUCCAUCUAACCUACGUAGCUAACGAAAACGGUUUCCAACCUCAAGGAGAUCAUUUACCUACUUCUCCUCCAAUUCCUCCAGCCAUUCAGAGGUCUUUGGACUAUUUAGCUGCCAAUCCUCAACCCGAAGAUGAUGCUACGUCAAGACGAAAAUAAAUUCAAGAAUAAUAUGGUUUUUGUAAAGAAAAAUUGACCGAAUUCAGUCAACAUUUGGAAAACUUUUCAUCAUAUUAUUCUAUUUAUUUCUAGUUUUGAAUGGGCAUGUUACUUAUUUUUAUAUUUGAU